GUCCGUUCACCCAGCAGCGGCUCUCUUUUGUCUUGUCCUCUCGCACGUCAGCCGAGCGUGCAUCUUCCUGGAAGCACACAACGAUCAAGGGACAUACAGCAAACAUGAGCGUGUGGCUCACCUGGUGACCCACCGAAGCUUCUCGAGUCGAUUGUUGGAUGGGUUGCUGUCGAUGUGGUCGACCUCCAGCUCACUCUCGUCGUUGCCCUCUUCUAUCAGUCGUCUCUUCUGCUCAUACAGAAACACCUCUGCAACCAACCGGUGAACGAGAAAGUUCUGUCCACUAAGCUUGACAGGACAGUAUCCCCCAGAAUGCAAAUAGCCACAUGUUUGAUGACCGUUCGUGUGCUCUAUGCGCCCCAUGUUUGACACCAUUGGCAGCCGCCCCCUCUUGCAUCGAUCAUGAAGGAAGGUAAUGCCACGGAACUCCUCUCCUGGCAUGCUUGCUGUGUCCUCAGUCACAUAACUCAGACACCAGCCGUCGAGUGGUCUGCCGGUUCGCAGCCGAGAUGAAACUGUGUCAGAGCUGACGCUAAAGUGCUUGGCUGUAAGGGCUAGUGAGCGGAAAAUGCGUUGCUGUCCUGUUUGAUCGUGAGUAGCCGUCACCCUCCGUGCCCCCCCGUGGACAUUGCGAGGCCUUGCAAUGGUUCUGUGUGUCUUGAUGACAUGCUCUUUCGGCGUCAUCCACUGCAAAUUCGACACAUGAUUGUUCCUGGUGCUGCCGUCGAUGUGGUCCACUUGAAGCUUCGAAGAAACGGAGGAUCCGUGGUGUCUGAUCAGCUGCCGCUUCUGCUCUUGCAGGAAGGUCUCAGCCACAAGGCGGUGGACGCGACAGUUCUUCCCGCUGAUUUUAACGUAGAAGUAGCCCUUCAUGAUCCAGCCUCGCGUCAGCCCGACUUUGGGCGUCCAUAUGUUGCCGUAUGUCGAGACCUGAACGCCCAGCUUCGCCAAGCCAUCGAUCUCGGGAACCGGCCGCCAUUUCUCUUCUGGCCCCCUCGGAGGCUCCAGGUCAUCCGAUGCGGGCGGCGGCGGGGAUCCACUCGAUGUGCUGUCACCCUCGCUGCCAUCGAUGGAAUGCUGGCUGUACUGCCGCUGCUGGAAGGUCCAGAUGGACGCAUGCCAUUGCAGAGGGUUGCCAUAGGGAAGCCCACAAGAAAAGAGCGCCGAGGCUGCUGCCGCUCGGAAUGUGACAUCAGAUUGACGCCGUAGGGAUGUCUGGAUGCUCCUGCAGAGAUAUGAGUCGAAGAAACGCCACGUCGCCAUCGCCCAAUC